AUGUUAACCGAUAGUAAGUCGUUUUCUAUUGAAUAUUUAAUAGCAAAAGCAUCAUUACCAUCAAGUCCACAUUAUGCUGUAUUUCAUACGAAUAAUGUACAAAAAUGUUCAAAAGCAAUUAAUUCAUCAUCGUUAGAUUUAAAACGUAUACGUACAGCGUUUACAAGUGUACAAUUACUUGAAUUAGAACGAGAAUUUUCUUCAAAUAUGUAUUUAUCACGUUUGCAUCGAAUUGAAAUAGCGACCUAUCUUGGUCUAACAGAAAAACAAGUGAAAAUUUGGUUUCAAAAUCGUCGUGUGAAAUAUAAAAAACAAGAAACACUGAAUUCAUCAGAACAGCGAGUUUUACGGUCAUAUCAUGGAGUUCAAGAUUAUCAAAAAAUAAAUGAAAGAAAACAUACGGUUUUACGUUCGGAGAAUCAAAACUAG